UUCUCUUCUCUUUUAUCACAUAUUCCUUUUCAGAGGUCUACGUGUACGGAACCAUUGAGGGAACUGUCGAAUGCUGGUGCAUCUGGAUCAAUUUUCUAUGUUUCACAAGAUGAUCAAUUUAUUAUCAAAACAGUACAGCACAAAGAGGCUGAAUUCCUGCAAAAAUUAUUGCCCGGGUAUUAUAUGAAUCUCCAACAGAAUCCAAAGACGUUGUUGCCAAAGUUUUUCGGGUUGUUUUGUUACCAGAGUUUGGGAAAGAAUAUUCGCUUAUUAGUAAUGAAUAAUUUGCUACCACAAAAUGUAACUAUGCACGAGAAAUAUGAUCUCAAAGGAUCAACCUACAAACGUUUAGCAUCCAAAUCUGAACGGGCAAAGGCCUCUCCAACUUUGAAAGAUCUUGAUUUCAUUGAAAAUCACCCCAACGAAGGUCUUUCUAUGGACCCUAUUUCAUAUGAUAGUCUUAUACGAACGAUUAGCCGAGACUGUUUGGUCUUAGAAAGUUUUAAAAUCAUGGACUACUCUUUGCUAGUGGGUAUUCACAAUAUGGAGUUGACAUCAACUGGGGAUCGAAAUCGCGCUCAACCAAUCCGACAGGAAAGUGAGGAUGAGCUGGAGCAAGCCGACGACUUGCCAAGCACGAGUAGGGGCGAGACUGAAACACGAAGAAGGCCACUGCAAUCGAAAUUCUCUGUGUGGGACCAGUCUGAGUUUGAAGGCUCUGUUCCACCUGGUGGCGUUCCGGCACGAAAUUCAAAUGGUGACAGGUUAAUUUUAUUUCUUGGUGAGUUCCGAGUUUCAUUGUUCUGUGUUCCCGUAUCCACAGCUUAUGUAUUAUUGACAUUUUUGCAAAACUAUCGGUUGUUGAAGAAGAUGGAGCACACAUGGAAGGCGAUUUUGCAUGACGGGGAUUCCAUUUCCGUCCACAAUCCCAACUUCUACGCUCAACGAUUUUUGUCAUUCAUGACAGAGCACGUCUUCAAGAAGGGUCCAGGUAUAGUGUUUGCACUACGCAUGAGGUUAUGA